AUGUCCUCGCAUCAUAUUUCUUUCAACAGAAACCAUGCGGUCUCUACAGUCUCAGCAGCUUCGCUGCAGGUGCGUGCUCUAACACCAGGAAGCCUUAGUCAGGUCACCCUUCUUAGAGCAGCUACAAAGGCUGGAUUCUACAUCUUUCUCCAUACAAGACGCUUCCCGAGCAAUACACUAACGCACAAUAGUGGAGGGGAUAGCCAGACAAUUGCACAGGUAGUGCAGUGGACCAUUGAGUAUUACAAGGCGGAUAAGAUUAAGAUCUUCAACGUCAUGGAAGCCACUUAUCCUGACGGUUUUGCUCCCAACAUCGUUUACUCCAGCACCUGUGCCAACCGCCAAUCUACCGCCACAACUCAGAAAUGGGCACAGGGCGUGUUCGAUAUGUACCUCAACUAUAACGGAAUGAGAUCGAAGAUGCAGAUCUACCAGUGCUCAUCGGAUAGCACACUAGGACCGAAUAACUACAAGGAGACGAUGAAGCAAUGGACUGAUAUAUACAACUACGACAAGCUGGAGAGCACGAAGAGUAACAGUCCCCAGAGCGGAUACACUAGAGUCAUCCAUGACUCUAUGUUGGAAUGUAUAUAUAUAUGCACAGGUGUUGGGCACACUGUACCCAUCCGAGGUGCAGACGACAUGAAAUACCUCGGCCUUGCUUAG